AUGAAGUUGGACUCGCUGUCCGUCGUGUACCCACCCGACGACCACGUCCCGCACAACCGCCGCAACAGCGCAUUUGUUGUCGAUAACGCAUCCCCAACUCUCCUCACGGCAUUGCCGCCGGGUGUGGCUGUCAACCACGUUCAGCUGCGAGACGCCAAGAUUCCGCUACAGGACCCCGAGAUGGAGCACCUGCAGGUGGACGGCGUUCUCCCGCCCUUUUCGCUUCCAGCGAUCCUCAUCGACGGACAACCGCACAUGGAGCCUGAAGUCGCCAUGACGACGACGUCGCAAGCGCCCAAUUUGCCCAGCGACAGGGACACGCAGACGGCAUUGGCACAGCGACUCCUUCCCUGA